UCGAACAAGUUGAUAACUACUCGUUACCCAAUAACGUAAAUAUUUUGAUAAUUUAGCAAACGUUUAGCACAUAAAAAUGCAGUAUUUAAUAAAAUUUUAACAUUUAAACGCCAUAAGCAAAACGCGUCUAGUAAAUUGAUUAAAAACUAUUCCUAAAAUAAAUCAACAAGUUCCAAGAGCCAAUAAGAAAAAAAGUACAGUGUUUUUUGUUUGCGUACAACUUUCCAACUAGGAAAAGAAGACGAACGAACGGCCAACGAAAGAAGCAACAACACAAAAGUAGUUGUGUGUAUUAAAGAGUUUAUACAACACUAACAAAAUUUACAAAAUAUAAUUCCAUAAAAAAAACUGCAAGCACAAGCGGAGGGAGCUGUAAGAGAAACGACUAUAGCAAAUGGUGUUAGAUGUACAAAAGACGCGCAAUUAUUAUUAUUAUUUUGCUAAUAUAGUUAAAUAUCAAAAUUGAUUAUUAAAAAACGACAACUUUCAAUUGUGGCCGAAUUGUGGGAAAAAAUGGAUGAGGCCCUGUACUCGGCCACCUAUGUGGACAACUAUAUUGAUUCCGUAGAGAAUCUGCCAGACGAUGUGCAACGACAUCUAUCACGUAUACGGGAUAUAGAUGUCCAGUACCGAAACCUCCUGCGCGAUGUGGAUCAUUACUAUGACCUGUGGAGAUCUUUGCAGAAUUGUGCCGAAACGAAUUCGGGCAGACGUGCCCGCUCUGUUACACGUAUGCAACAGAGCUUGAUACAGGCACAAGAAUUGGGCGAUGAAAAAAUGCAGAUUGUGACACAAUUGCAAGAGCUGAUUGAUCACAAAACACGGCAGCUGGAUACGGAUCAAAAGAAUCUCGAUAUAAAGGAGGAUAAGGAGGAAAUUAUGCAAAUCGAUGAAAGUGGUGCGACCUCACAACAGAAACAAACACGAGCGCAGAGUCCCUCAAGGGCCGCCGAUAGUUCCGGAUGUGGUGCAGGAAAUAGCAAUGGUUAUGGUGUAGCUAAUUCCGCGGUGAACUCGACCAGUGCUGGUGGUGGCAACUCAACACCCAAUUCUGAACGUUCGGGUAACAGCAAUACUUUAUCAGCUGGCAAUAACUCGAAUGGCAAUGGUGGCAACUUGACCCAGGUCGUCAGUGUAGAAAAUCAACGUGCGAUUAGCAAACGCUCACGACGACGCAAUGACACUGUUUGCAACAUGGAAUUGGGUGGCAAUGAAUCGAAUUCGGCCAAUGAGGGAGGCGGCAGCAAUGGCGGUGAACGUAAUCCGACGCAAAAGUCCACUACGGCUGCGGGUACGCAGAAAAAGAAUGCCGCUCAAAAUCAAGCCGGCACAUCAGCUGGCUCAAGCAAUUUGGCCGGCAGUGGUUCUGGUUCGGGUAAUGGCGGAGCGACUGGCACCGUUGCGGCUUCCGGUUCGGGUGCUGGCAACACUACUACGGGCAAAAAGAAGAAACGUAAGGCGCGUGGUGGUGCAACGGCAACGCCUCAGACCAAUGCGCGAGAAGAUACCCCUCCACUAGAUCCAAUUGAUCCCGAUGAACCCACAUAUUGUGUGUGUAAUCAGAUAUCUUUUGGUGAAAUGAUUCUCUGCGAUAAUGACUUGUGUCCCAUCGAAUGGUUUCAUUUCUCUUGUGUAUCUUUGGUUCUAAAACCGAAAGGCAAAUGGUAUUGUCCGAAUUGUCGUGGUGAUCGUCCGAAUGUUAUGAAACCGAAGGCUCAAUUUCUUAAAGAACUCGAACGUUACAAUAAAGAGAAAGAAGAAAAGACGUAAAUAUAAUUAAAAUGUUAGCAUAAGAUCUCUCUAACCAAACACACCCCAACACACCCACACAACCACAACCAACACAAACUAAAACUGCUAAAUAUUUUUUUUAAAUUUUCCGUCUACUUUUACAAAUUUUCCUUCACCCAAAACCACUUCCCUUAAGCCAUUUUCGAGCAGCGUUAAGUUUUUGCCUCCGUAUUUAGUUUUGAAGUAACUAAUAGGAAUUUUUUUAUAAACCUAUACCUGCAAAAUUACAAAACAAAAAAGCAAAAUAGUUCAGUGAGUCCUUUAUUUUUUCCGACUGCAUUAUAAAAAGUUAUUUUGGUGUUAUAUAUGUUGUUAUAUACAAAAAAAACCAAAUGUCACCUGCAAAAAUGUACAAAAUGUGAUCGGAAUCUUCUUAUCGGUGAGUUUAUAUUAAGUUUCUCCAUAUUUCCAACAUCCAUGUCUCGCUUCAUGGCUGGUAAUUUUUAAUUAUAAUGCUUUAUUCAACGAAUUUCAAUUAUUUCUUCCUUCAAAUCGAAUUUUUGAAUAACAUCUAUGAAAAGAGCUAUUAAAAAGCUCUCAAAACUUACUUUUCCAAGUUAUUUUAAGAGAAACGGUUCUUGAUCGAAAAUGGCUUAAAGAAAACCAUUUCACAAACAAAAAAAAAACUAAUAAUUUAUGGAAAAAAGGUUGUUCGUUUGUUCAUUUUAAUGAAAAAAGGAUUGUCUUUAGUUUCUAACCACUUUUAAUAGAAUUUGUUUAAAUUUUUUUUAAAUGUUAUGUUAUGGAAAGGGAAAAUAUAAAUAUUAUUUUUUAAGUUCUUUAAAAAUUUAUUUGUUUAAUAACUUUGGCCCACACACACACAGACACACCGUUAUACACAAAUACUAUUUAGAUGUAAAAUUUGUUUAAAGAAAGAAAAAAAUUGUUAUCAAUUGCCAGACCAGCUAGCUAUUUGUUUAAAUACAGCACUUAGGUUUUUUUUUAAACAAUGACUUGUUUUGUAUAAAUUAUAAAACUAGCUAGUAGCUAAAUUUUAAAAGCAACAAAUAAACAAUAAAUCAUAAUUUUCUUUAGCUAACUUAACUACAUAUUAAUAACUUAGCUUCUAUGUAGCAAACACUUUAAAUAUGUUUAUUUAUAAAUAAAAAUAAAAAAAUAAAGAGUUUUUUUAAACAAUCACCUUAUUAUAA